AUGGGCCGCCUCGCCGCCGCCGCUGCCAUGUCGGCCGCCUUCCUCAGUCCCAGCCUCGCCUUCAGCUCCCACUUCGAUCCCGACGGCACCCCCCUUAGCGAGCUCUCCUGGUCCUCCUCGCUGGCUGUCGUGGCUGUUUCCUUCUCCGGGCUCUUCACCUUCAUCUUCCUCAUGUUGGCCUGCCUGUGCUGCAAGAAGGGAGAUAUCGGCUUCAAGGAGUUUGAGAACGCCGAGGGGGACGACUACGUGACGGAGUUCUCGGCCCAGGGCUCGCCUGCCCCGCAGCAUGGCCCCGAGGUGUACGUCCUGCCCCUCACCGAGGUCUCGCUGCCCAUGGCCAAGCAGCCGGGGCGCUCAGUGCAGCUCCUCAAGUCUGCAGACCUUGGGAGGCAGAGCCUGCUGUACCUGAAGGAGAUUGGGCAUGGAUGGUUUGGCAAGGUAUUCCUGGGGGAGGUGAACUCAGGCAUCAGCAGCACUCAGGUGGUGGUGAAGGAGCUGAAGGCCAGUGCCAGCGUGCAGGACCAGAUGCAGUUCCUGGAGGAAGCACAGCCCUACAGGGCCCUCCAGCACACCAACCUGCUGCAGUGCCUGGCCCAGUGCGCUGAGGUCACCCCCUACCUGCUGGUGAUGGAGUUCUGCCCGCUGGGUGACCUGAAGGGAUACUUACGGAGCUGCCGGGGGGCUGACUCCAUGGCCCCAGACCCUCUCACUCUGCAGAGGAUGGCAUGUGAGGUGGCCUGCGGCGUGCUGCACCUGCACAGGAACAACUACAUCCGCAGUGACCUGGCUCUGCGGAACUGCUUACUCACAGCCGACCUGACCGUCAAGAUUGGGGACUACGGACUCUCACACUGCAAGUACAAAGACGACUACUUUGUGACGGCCGACCAGCUGUGGGUGCCGCUGCGCUGGAUUGCGCCCGAGCUCAUCGAUGAGGUGCACGGCAACCUGCUUGUCGUGGACCAGACCAAGGCCAGCAACGUCUGGUCACUGGGUGUCACCAUCUGGGAGCUGUUUGAGCUGGGCAGCCAGCCCUACGACCACUACUCCGACCGGCAGGUGCUUGCCUACGCCAUCAAGGAGCAGCAGCUGAAGCUGCCCAAGCCCCAGCUGAAGCUGUCGCUGGCGGAGCGCUGGUAUGAAGUGAUGCAGUUCUGCUGGCUGCAGCCCGAGCAACGCCCGACAGCUGAGGAGGUGCAUCUGCUGCUCUCCUACCUCUGCGCCAAGGGUGCGACGGAGGCAGAGGAGGAGUUCGAGAAGCGCUGGAACUCCAUGAAGCCCAACGGCAGCGCCAGCGGCAGCCACCACGGCGCUGAGCUCUCCUCCUUCCCUCUGCUGGAGCACUUCUCGGCCGACGGCUUCCCCUCGGACGGGGACGACAUCCUCACCGUGAUGGAGACCAGCCACGGCCUCAACUUUGAGUACAAGUGGGAGCACACCAAGACCGAGCACUUCCAAGCACCCCUGGGCUCCCUCAGCCCCAGCAGCGCCGCACGUUACCAUGAACUCUAUUACCCAGCAGCAUCUGCAGGGCACCUGAGCCUGGGGGUCUCACCGUCCUGCUAUGAGUGCAAGCAGCAGGGCUGCCCCAGCCUGCCGCCACCCAGCAUGGUGCCCAUCCUGGGCGCACACAGCCCCUCGCUCGGCAGUGAAUACUACAUCCGCAUCGAGGGCCCGGCUGAGGGCAGUGCUGAGAUGGACUACGCCAUGUGCUCCUACAGCCCCGAGGGUGAGCGUGGCUCCACGUCCUGCUGGAGAACCCAGGGCACGCGGGAUGACUCGGACAGCAGCCCCACUGCAUCGCUGAGCAUGGAGCCGCUGCUGGGCCGUGCGCCGGCAGGUGAGGGCUCGUGGGAGUGCGCCGAGUACUACCCCUAUGCGGGGCAGGAGCAGCAUGGCUAUGUGCCAUCCCCCGGCCCUGAGAGGUUCCUGCUGGACGAGGAGCAUGCUGAGCCCAGUGACAAGGACUGGCCCGUUCCCGGCUUCCAGCACAGUGUCUUCGCCGACCCACUGGGCGUCUCGCCCUCACUGAACUGUGCCUACAGCCCCCAGAGCUACAGGCAGCCUCCAGCUCAGGGUGAAACCCAUCCGGACUGCGUGACGCUGGAGCUGGGUGAUGACAGCCCCCCUGGGGCUCCCAUCCCAGCAGCCCCCCAGCAGCAACCCUGGGCCUCCAACAGCUCCUCCAACAACAACAUUGGCAGUGGCAGCCCGGCCACCCGCGAGCCCGCCGACAGCUGGUGCUACCGCCGCAUGAUCACCUUCCGCGGGCUGAUGGCCAAGCCGCUGGGCACUGUGCCACCGCGCACCCAGCCCCAGCUCGGGGGGUCUCCGCCGGGCAUCGAUUUCCGCCGCCCACGGCAGGAGCAGCCCCAGCCCCCCGGCUCCUCCCAGUGCCGCUCGCCCUCCCCGCAGAGCCAGGCCUGGCAGAGCCAUGACUCAUCAGCCUCCGGCCGCUCGCAGGCAGCAGUGCUGGCUGGCGGCCCCGACGCGGCCCUGGAAGCCGGAGCGCAGCCGUGCCCACAGGAUGCCCACCCGGCUGAGGGCAUGGAGCGGAGCAGCCCUCCUUGCAGCCCCGCGCCCCACGGCACAGCUGGGACGGGCCCUGGGGAGGCCACCCUUAUGGCCGGCAUCAAGGUGCCAAGCCCUGCUCCCACCAGGGAGCCUGGCAUAGACGGUGCCCAGUCUGCGCUGGAGGGCCAUGAGACAUUGGUGUCUGCAGAGGCGGCUGCUGAGAGCAGCGCGUGCCUCACCAGUGACGCAGAACGCACCCCAGACAAAACCUUCUCCAGCAGCAGCUUCCCUGGUGGCGACGAUGGCAGCGAUGAGGACACGGCAGAGCUGACUUCGGGAGUCUUCACCGACUUCUCCGGGGACUACAUGGAGCGGGCAGACGUGGCGCCGGCAUUCAAGUCCUUGCAGAAGCAGGUGGGGACACCGGACUCCCUGGAGUCGCUGGACAUCCCCUCUACUGCCAGCUCCUGCGAGGUGUUCAGCCCCACCGCCUUCACGUCUGCCGGGCAGCCCAAGGCUGUGGACAGUGGCUACGACACAGAGAAUAACGAGUCUCCUGAGUUCGUCCUCAAGGAGCCCCACGAGCCCCGUGAGCCCGAGGCCUUUGGCCAGAUGGGGAAGCCACCCCCGGGGCUACCGGGAGGGGACGGGGACAGCCCAGGCCCCGAAACGCGGCCCUCGGCAUCCUUUGGUACUGAGCUGCAUGGCCUCUCCGAGAAGAACCCCUACCGUGACUCUGCCUACUUCUCUGACUACGACACCGAGGCUGAGCGUGGCCCCAAGGAUGAGGAGGACAGCGAUGGCUCCGAGACCCCGGAGGCAGAGAAGGAGGGGCCCCAGCCCUACAUGCAGGACAUGGUGCAAGCCCCCGAGCUGGGGGAGGACACACUGCACCCCCCAGGAGCACCUGGCAGCCCCCCAGCAGCCCCCAGCACAGUGCUGGCAGCCGAAGCACUGGACAUGGGGGUCUCUGUGGGGGACUGGCGGGGAGCAGAGACUGGUUGUCCCACGGUGCAGGAGCAUGGCACUGAGCUCCCAGCACCAAGCAGCUUCCCAUGCCCUGAUGGUGAUGUGCUGGGGAGCUCUGUGCCAACCAAGACUUUCUCCCUGUCCCCGGUGCCAGACAGUGAGGAGCCAGUGCCGGGCGAAGGGACCCAUGAGGCUGAGAGCAUCCCUGGACUGGGAGAACAUGUGGCUGGGGGUGAACAGACUAUGCCCCCUGUGCCAGGGCCUGGGGCAGCGGGGCUGCCCCCAGAGGGCACCAGGGUGGGCAUCACGCCUGGAGGGGAUGCGCCCGGGGGUCCCAGCACGCUGCCAUCAGGGGAUGAGACAUCGAUGGGUAUCUCCAUGCUCCCAUCCACCCCUGAGCGCCGAGAGGAGCCCGAGGAGGAGGAGGAGGACACAGAGGACAGUGAUGAGUCGGAUGAGGAGCUGCGCUGCUACAACAUCCAGGAGCAGAGCGAGGAGAGCGAGGAGGAGCCGGCCGCCGUCCCCAUUGUGGUGGCUGAGAGCCACAGUGGCAGGAAUCUGCGCAGCCUGCUCAAGAUGCCCAGCCUGCUCUCCGAGGCCUUCUGUGAGGACCUGGAGCGCAAGAAGAAGGCCGUGUCCUUCUAUGACGAUGUCACCAUCUACCUCUUUGACCAGGAAAGCCCCACACGGGAGCUGGGCGAGCAGAGCUUCCCAGAUGUCCCCGAGCCCUCGGUGCAGCCCCCAGCCAGCAGCAGCCCCACCAGCCCUGCCAGCCCCACGGAGAGGCUGAGCGCAUCGGAUGACUCCUCGGAUGGCAACGCCUCAGAAGAGAGUGGAGGCUUUGAGUGGGACGAUGACUUUCCGCUCAUGCCGGUGAAGCCAUCCCUGAUGUCCUCGCUGACGCCGGCAGAGCCUGACCCAGCCGUGCCCACGCUGGUGCCAACCCCAAAACAGGUGCUGCCCCUCCAGUUCUCCCGCUUCACAGUCUCUCCUGCCCCGGUGUCCCGGUUCUCCAUCACCCACGUCUCCGACUCAGACAUGGACUCCGUAGGAGGCAGCAGCGAAGAUGGUGAUCGGGAAUAAGCCAGCGUGCGCCUCGCCUGCCUGCGCCCUCAGCACUGGCACUGGCUCCGGGCACCGUGCUCUGUUUUUUAGACAGAUGGGGUUGGAAGGAGUUUGGGGUGCUGCUGGCUGGAGCCGGGCACAGCCCAGGCUCCCAGGAGGCUGUGGGACUAAGCGGAGCCUAUGGGAACCUUGAGAUCAGGGCUGUGUCCUUGGGGGCUGAUAGACCAAACCCUGAGGUGAGGAAUGCCCCCCACCCACCACCACAGCCCCGUGUCCUGCAGCCCGGGCUGGCUCCCGGGGAGGCCGGGGCACACGCACACACACACACACACACACACACACACACGUGUACAGCCAUGGGGCUGCGUGCCCGUGGGAUGGGGCUGCUGCUGGAGGAUGCGAGGGUGUUCUCUGGCUCCCAUUGCAUUCAUCCAGCCUGCAGCUGGGCCGUGGCGUUUUAGGAGAAGGCUGCAGGAGGGGUGCCACCCCCUUAAAGGGAACAAGAGGUUCCCCCAGCCUCAGCCCCACAAACCAGGGCGGGAGGAGGAGGGGGGGGGGCUGUGCCUCCCCACUGCGCACCCCACACCCUUCCCGACAUAGCGAGCCCAAUUCCUGCUUGAUAAAAGCGUAUGAUUUCAGCUCCACCCCCAGCACAGGCGCUUUGCAUUGCAGCAGGGGCCCCCUGACCCCUACAUCUGCAGGGGCUGCUGGAGCCCCCCAGCCCAGGGUUUGGUCUAUGGCAGAGGCAGCCGCCUCUGGAGGGCAGCACGAGAGCACAGCUGCGUCCCCCAGAUAUGAUGAUGAUGAUGAUGAUUUUUUUUUUUUUUUUUUAAUAGAAGAGCUCCUCUGACAUUGUAUAUUUUAUCGAUACGGGUCAUUACUGCUGUAUUUUUUAUCAGUGCUGAUUUCCAUACAGCUCCCAGCAUGUGUGUCAGACAUCAUCGGGCCGAUAAUAAAGUUUUUAAAAUAUCGUA